GGAAGGUUAGACAAGAGAACAUAUAUAAUUGGAUGGAACAACCUAAGAUUGUGACUUGUAAAAACAUAGCUACUGUCAUUGCAUGGUUGAUUAUAGAUCUAUACAACCGUCCAAAGGAAUAUCUAAAGAAGACUAUGAUAGCGAAUUUGCAUCCUGUAGUUUUGUGGAAAAUGUCUCGGCAGACAGCAUUUCUUUUAGAAUGGGAAUAG